CCCAAUGACUAAACUAUUAUCCGAAAUUCAUGCGCAAUCCGGCCGGCCAGUAGCCCCAGGACAUGGAAUAUUUCCUUUGCUCAGAUCGGAUAGAUUGCCAAUCCUUCUCUCUACGCUUCGGCCGCUGGCGACCCUUUCCUAGCAUCUAACGUUGGUAAAGAGCCAGGGACCCCGGGCUAUUACCGACAUUACUAACCUACAUGUCAUGACUAGCCUUGACCACCAGCAAGCCGUCAGCCCGGCACAUAUCCAGAGAGCAUGCGAUAUUUGUCGCAAGAGAAAGAUCAAGGUAUUACUACUAGUGCAGCAUGUUGGAUGUCUGUCAUUUGUUAACAAACAGUCACAAGUGUCGUCGAAAAAUUGACGGUUCCCCGGCUUGUGAUGGCUGCAUCGCCCUUGGAAUCAGUUGUACUCAGACCGCCCCGAAUCGUAAGAGAGGUAGGCCAAAUCGCUAUGCUUCAGGUGAUCGGGUGAAUGGGCGCCUGGCGGCCCCACCCAUUUCGACGAUCACACCCAGCAUUUCGUCGACCUCAAGCCUGGACGAACAUGCAUCUCCCUCCGCAGUACAUUCAACUCUUUCUAAAGGAUCUGAGAUUCUUCUCUCGCUAGGACCUAAGACACUACUGCUUCAAAUUUUGGAUGACUGGUUCAAGUUUAUGCAUCCACUAAUACCAUUACUGCAUAGACGAUGGUUCCUGUCGAGAAUACAAAGUGAUGAAGCAGACAGGGAUCCAAUCUUCGUCGCCCUCGUGCUUUCUGUAUGUGCUGCAACCAACAUGACGCUCCGUGAGAGUGCUUCGGAGAGAUAUGGGAAAGCGACAGCUUUACGCUGUCUCCAUCUCAUCAAGCACCACAAUUUACUCGUCAUUGACGAAUGCACUCUCGACUGGUGCAUUGCUCAAUACAACGUGGCAUGGACUUUAUUAAGGGAUAAGUAUGUUUGCGCCGACUUUCCACUUUUUCAUGCCAUUAAGGAGUCUAUGGCUGGAGUUCAGUGGCUCAUGGCACACAAGCUUGACGAGCUGUCACUUCAUGAUAAGGAAAUUUCGAAAAGACUUUAUUGUAUUUUGAUGGCGUUGGAUCUUGGAGCGAACACAAAUGUCCAGUCAUACUUAAACUUGCAUUCCUUGGACGAACCCUUCGCCCAGCUCCUCCCAAAAUCGACUAUGUUUCUGGCCUCAAGGCAUAUGUCAACAUCUUUCUGGCAUGGCGUCAUGCCAAACAGAACAGAAUACAUCAGACCCCUGAUGAGACAUUACGUCUUGGGAUCGAUCAUAUCCAGCACGUUAUAGACGACCUUCCCCCGGAGCUGCGUUGGAGGGGUACCUUAUCUCGCGACCUCCGGACAACGUUUGGCCACGAGGUACAGAUGGUAAACAUUCUGCGAUGUUGUGGAGGUUCUUUCCCAUUUCCCACGCUCAACUAUCGAUGCAAAUCGACACAAUCUUCUUAAGAUGGCAAGAGACAUGGGUGCCGCCUAUAUCGAUGAGUUGAGAAGCGUGUCUGGAGUAGGUUACGGAACGACC